AUGGACAGCCCUGAGCAGGAGUGGAAUCGACUCAUGAGUCCGUAUAUGUGGACAAGUUUCACGCCGAUUUCAACUGGAUCAUUUACGAACGGUCUUCUCUCGCCAUCUGAGGAGCAAAAGGCUUGUUUUCGCCGUGUUCGCAGUCUGACACUCGAGUGGAACCAGGAAAGCAGCGCCGGCUCAUGUAGCUGGCUUUCGCGCGUGCUACCCUUGCUGGAAGACAAUCAAUUACGCGCGUUCACGGGCGCUGCCGAUAAUCCGCUACCUGCAAAGCUACUCUUUGAGCUUCUCCACCGUCAGGCUGAAUUAACGUGCUUUCGAGCGCGCUUGGACUGGACUGCAGCUGCGGGCGCCAUCGAUGAUACAGCCCCAUGGACGACAGAUUUGGAGCACGUGCUGCCGCUGGCUCUGCAUCAGGUGACGACACUCCGCGUAUAUAUUGGAGAUCUAAAUGCUCCAGGAGCUCAUACCCAGGCUUUUCAUAAGUACGAGGCUGCAUAUAAUAAUGUCCUUGUAUCAUCUGCUCCUCAUCUCGAUCGCCUUGAGAUUUGCGGAUGGCGAUGGCAGGGGAUGCCCAACGACCAAAAAGUACCACUGUAUGGACAACUUCAGCAUGCUAUGGGCGCCAGCCAGGCGUUUCGAACGCUUCGGCAACUCGUAGUUGCUGAUAUCGAUUUGUCUGGAGUGGAAGAUAGAUUGGUACAGGCUCUUUCUUUGGACACGCUCUCGGUACUCAGACUCGAGUAUUGCAGCCAAGUAGACGCGUUUCUCCAAGGGCUUGCUUCUGCGCUUCGACAGCAGACAAAGACAUCACUUCGGGUUUUGGCCGUCCGCACCGAUUACUUGCGGUACCACUGCAAGGCAGGCAGUCUCGAAGAGCUGCUACAGUCGUUCACUGGCCUAGUAGAAUUGGAAUGUAGUAUUUCCCUCGCCGUUUUCAUGGACUGGAAGGGCAACACUCUUCAAAGACAUCCCGGUCUAAGAAGGCUGCUCAUUUCUUCGUUCAUGAUUCAUAUGGGAGUUCCUGGCUGGCCCGAAAUAGUACCGGAGACUCUGGCUCAGUGCCCUCAGCUAUAUUGCUUUGCGUAUCCACCCCUCGAGCCGGGUCUAGGACGGGUGCUAGACUGCUCGCUACCGAUAAGAAUGCCUUAUGGCCUCGACAAGUCGCUCGACGCUGUAGCCACAGCCCCGUCUCUCCGCAUGAUCCGUCUCCUAUGGGCGCCAGGUCAAUACGAAAUGGAAGACGAGCUGCUUCGACAAACAGACGAGUGGAUAGAAAAAGCAGCACAGAUAGCGUACCAUUUUGCUACGCUCGUGUUGAUGUAUCUAUACCGUCGUGGCUCAGCUAUCAGGCUACUUGCGUUAUCGGCCGAGUCGCGAUGGAAACAAAUUCGUAGUGACAGCAACCUUCACUUCUAUCCGCAUUAUUAUUACAAGCUAGAAAGUACUGAGAAUGGAGUGAACGUAGUUGCUCUGAGGGACUAUGUGGCGGAAUGCCCCGAGUUGGCCGAUUUCAUGUAG